ACCUAUCACAAGAAAGUCCGACAGAGUAUUAUUUUGAAUUCAAAGCUGCAGAUAAAAUUAGGCAAGAUAUGUUACAAGAGAUAACAGAACCAUGUUCCAUUAAAAAUCACCCUGAAGCACAUUAUCAAAGUAAAAAAGUUACUUUGACAAAUUUUCCAGGAGCAAUCAAUGAUUCAUUAAUUGGGGCAAAUGUCGAAAUAGAUGGAAUCAGUGCUAUUGAGGGUAUAUGA